AUGUCUCAACCGUCCUUCACAAUUUCCAAUCCAUGGCGUGAUCGGAUCCUCAGGGGCGAGGUUUGCUCAGUCAUGAGCGUCAAGUACGUUCUGGGCAACGAAAUUGCAAUGAUGGCCAAGAUGGCGGGCAUCGACGGAAUGUUCAUCGAUAUGGAACACACUUCCAUCACCACUCGAGAACUCUCCCAGCUUAUCACUGCAUGCAACUACGUGGGUGUCAGCCCGAUAGUUCGGAUUCCAUCAAAGGCGCACUGGCACCUCAGCCGGAUACUGGACGCAGGUGCCGCCGCAGUGGUGAUUCCGCACUGCGAGACGGUGGAACAAGUCAAAGAGAUCGUCAAAGACGCAAAGUAUGCACCUCUGGGCCGCCGAGGCUGCACAAACAACCAACCCAUCUUGAAUUUCCAGGCAGUACCGACGCAACUUCAGAAUCAACUACUCAACACCGAGACCAUGGUCAUCCCCAUGAUCGAGACGCCGGGAGCAGUAGAACUCGCGGACGAGUUCUUCGCCAUUGAAGGCGUCGACGGGAUCCUGGUAGGAUCCAAUGACCUCUGCACAGACCUCGGCAUUCCUGGUCAAUACGAUAAUCCGUUGUAUCUGGAUUCUAUCGCCAAAAUCAUAAAGGCAGGAGUCAAGGCCGGAAAGCCAAUUGGUAUUGGUGGCAUUGGCCCCCGGCUUGACCUGCUUGAGAAGUUCUUUGAGAUGGGAGCGACGUGGUCCUUGAGUGGAGCGGAUGGUUCUAUGUUGCAGGCGGGCAUGACGAACUUGGGAAAGAAGUAUGCUGAAAUCAACAGUCGCGUACUAAGUUCCAGGGAGGCUGCCAAAUCUACCAAGGCCGAAGCCAACGGUCAUGCAUAG